CAACAUAUAGAAAGACGCAUUACAUAAUAUACUUUAGGUUAAAUGUACUUCAGUUUGUCUCCAGACAUUGAUGAAAACACAUUUUUUUCGGUUGAUAUAAUCAUUGCAAGAUUUGCUGCUGUAGUGCUGUUACUUCGCGUACAGUUUAGAACACCGAUCCCACUGAUCAUUCGAGUGUUGGUCGCUUGGGAGCGCAACAGUGGGAAACAAAAGACAAAAUGAGACAGAAUAUGGCAGGUGUGAAUGAGUGUUUUAGUAUCGGAAGUAUUGUUGUGUGUAAAACAUGUUAUAAUAAGGAAAUUGAAGGGGAAGUGCUUGCAUUUGAUCCCCAAACAAAAAUGCUUAUACUCAAAUGCCCUGCAUCUAACGGACGUCCAACUUUAAAUGAUGUCCACAUUGUCAAUUUGGCGCUUGUUAGUGAUGUUGCAGUAAAGAAGGAAGUAAAUUCUGUUCCUGAGGCUCCACAGUCUUUGAAUCUGCAAAGACUAAACACAAGAGUUCGUAAUCAAGUUGAAGAGAAGCGUAGGUUGGUCACUUCUCUGGCUGCUGGCGUUUCUCCCGAAGGGCAGCGUUUGUUCCUUGCCAUAUCACGAACCAUUAGUGAGGUGGCGUGGCAGGGACAUAAUAUUGUUGUGUUUGAUCAAGUCACCAUUACCCCCCCUUAUAAAUUGGAAAAUAUCAAGGGUAACACAGAAAGUAAGGCCUUUAUGCACAUUCGGAAAGUGGUGGAGAAACACCAGAAGGAUCAGGCAGCAGCAGACGCGGUAGCGCAAGGCAGUGGAGGAUCCGCCCCUGUGGCCACAGGAGCCACCAGCUCUCCCCAGUAGACUUUGUCUCCAGUUUUCCCACUGCAACACUCUAGCGCUCCUCUCCUCCCCAUCAUGAGUGUUGGAAUAUUGGAGCCACUCAAACUUCAGUAAGGCUGCUUGUUGAUCAGCAUUACCGUUACAGAGGAGUCUGUACAGAACUGGGAAUUCCAGGGUUUGAAGUGCAUUUAGCAACUUUAUUUGCAAGGGUUGGUGCAUGGCUAGCAAGUAUCCUGAAUGUCUGAUGCGCUUUGAUUUGACAUCCUCCAUAUGGUGCUCAUUUUCAAGUGGAAGUUUCAAUUAAAUCUAUUUUUCUUUUCUUUUUCAUAAAUCAAAAAAGGAUCUUAGUCUCCUUUCUGAGACUGUAUCAAAUGACCCACAAAUAUUGACUACGCAAGUGAAGAAACUGUUUCAUUAUGUGUAGAGGUUACUGCCUUAUUUACAUAGUAGAGAAGAAUUCUAAACGUAACUGUACAUUCCAUUCUUCACACAUCGUAUGACAAAAUUAAGGUCAUGAUAUUUUGGUUAAUUCACUUUUCCAUGGAAGUUCUUCUCAGAUGUUGAGUUGAAAGAUCUUUUAACAUCUUAUUCAGCUGUAGCUUCUUGUAAUUUGUUUUUAAUUUUUGUACCUGCUUGAGUUUGAGUGGCUCGACCAUCUAGUUCUGCAUCUGCUUGUUUAAAUCUUUCACAGACAAAAGAGCCAGCAUAGAGUGAUUGUCAGGUAUUUGUAGUGAACUCCACUUUAAUCAUGAUGUAUUACUUUUUAAAAGUUUGUUUUUGUUAGACAUGCCACUUACAAAUCCUGUAAUUUUUCUUAUUCUGAAUUGGGGUUGAAUGGAUUUGUUUUUGGUAAAUUUGGUAGUAAACAAAUGUGUAAAUAAAUUAUGAGAAAGAUCUUGAGCUAAGUGGAGCUUUUGAAGUUAUUAAAUUAUGAAUUAUAGCAUUAACAUGUUUGUGACAUCUCUUGCUGAGUUCAUAUUCUGUGUGGAGGGUUUUUUAGCAGUCGCAGUAGGAAUGGCAGUAUCAGUAAAGAGCCAAGUUUUUUCAUUGGUAAUGCUGAACCUGCCGGAUACUACUGACCUCUAGUAUUCCAUAUGCUGAACUUUUGUUCAUUUCUUUCAAGAUCAUUAUCUGAAUUGUUAGGAAAUGUUGAGUACAGCAGCUCAGAAGUAACAGUGGUUAUUUAUUUCAUAGGAUGAUGUAAAGAUAAAAGAAAAACAUAAUGCAAAAAAUGGAAAUUGCUAUUUGUUGUUUUUUUUUUUUUUCAAUAUAGUGAUUCUGUGCAUGUCAUUAUAUUGAUAUGUGCAAAAUAUGCAAAG